AUGGUGCUCAAAAACGUCCUUGCCGGCAAGACGGCCAUCAUUACAGGCGGCACAACUGGGAUUGGCCGCGCCAUCUGCCUCGAGUACCUGCGGCAAGGGUGCAACGUCGCGGUCAACCAUCUUGACCUCGAGAAGGACAAGCCACACGUCGAAUCCCUGAUCUCUGAAGCAGAGAAGCUCAAGUCCACCACGGAAGCCGGCCAGACCGUCGGCUCGUUCGCGCACCUCGCAGGGGACGUGACAGACCCGGCGACGGGGGCCAAGCUGGUCUCGUUCGCGCUGGAGACAUUCAAGACGGACCGGCUGGACGUGUGCGUGUCGAACGCGGGCAUCUGCACCUUCGCCGAGUUCCUGGACCUGCCGGCGGACCUGUACUCCAAGACGGUGCGGACGAACCUGGACGGGGCCUUCUACGUGGUGCAGUCGGCGGCGCGCCAGAUGGCGCUGCAGCAGUCGCCGCCGGGGGGUUCCAUCAUCGGCAUCUCGUCCAUCUCGGCCCUCGUCGGCGGCGGGGGCCAGACCCACUACACGCCCACCAAGGCCGGCAUCCUGUCGCUCAUGCAGAGCACCGCCGUCGCGCUGGGCAAGUACGGCAUCAGGUGCAACGCCCUGCUGCCCGGGACGAUCCGCACGCAGCUCAACGACGAGGACCUCGCCGACGCGGCCAAGAGGACGUACAUGGAGGGCAGGAUACCGCUCGGCAGGACGGGCGAGACCAAGGACUUGGCCGGCCCGGCUGUGUUCCUUGCUAGCGAGGAGUUGAGUGGCUAUGUGUCGGGGUCACAAUUGCUGGUUGAUGGAGGGGCUUUUGUAAAUUUCCAGUAG